UCCUCACAGUCGCAGUUGAUUGGUUCCAAUUUCUAACGCCCCCCUCCACCUGAAUGCCGAAUUUACCACCAUGAACAUCAUCAAUCCACUGUCUUCUUCUCGAUUCUUUUGCCUGUGACCCUCCCCCUUGUCAUUCUCAUGUGAAUUCAGUCUUUGGAUCUUCUUCCUCUUCUCUGUAAAUGGCUGAUGUUAUUCGAUUACGGUAUCGGCCGCUUCGAUUCUCUUCUCUCUUCCCUUCUUUUCCUUCGUCUUUCAGAAAUUCACCUCCUGUUCAGUGCUCAACUAAGAGGGUUUUCCCUGUUUCGUAUUCUUCUAUCUCUGCUGGUCUUGCCUCACUUGCUUUUACACCCAGAAAGCGGUUGCUCUCCUUCAAGGUAUCUGCAACUGUUGCUGAAACUAAUCAGCCAAAAUGGUGGGAAAAGAAUGCACCAAAUAUGAUUGACAUUCACUCCACUCAAGAAUUUGUAGAUGCUUUAAGUCAAGCUGGAGAUAGACUAGUCAUUGUUGAAUUUUAUGGCACUUGGUGUGCAUCUUGUCGAGCAUUAUACCCCAAGCUCUGCAGAACAGCUGAAGAACAUCCGGAAAUUGUCUUCCUAAAAGUAAAUUUUGAUGAGAACAAGCCAAUGUGUAAGAGUAUGAAUGUGAAAGUACUUCCUUACUUCCAAUUUUAUCGAGGUGCUGAUGGGCAGCUGGAGUCGUUUUCAUGUUCACUUGCCAAGUUUCAAAAAAUAAAGGAUGCCAUUGAGAUGCAUAAUACAGCUCGAUGCAGCAUUGGUCCACCUAAAGGAAUUGGCGAUCUGAAAAUUGAACCUCCCUUUGCUCCGAAGGAUACGUCAGCUGAAUCAACCAAAGAAUAGCAUCAACGAAUUGCGGUGAAUUGUGUGACCCCCUUGUUGUUGCACAAGGAGAAACCCCAGAAAAAAGUUGCGCCCCACAGAAACUUAAGUAAUGAAAGAUACCUUCUCUAUUCUGUAUAUUUACUUUCUUUUUAUUUAUUAGGAGUUAUUAUUCCGAUCCAUUCUUUAUCAAAUGAUGAUUGAUUGUAAUCCACAUGGUUGAAAACUAGUGAACUUUUGGGGUUUUUUGUUUAGUAUUUUAUUUCAAAAUGUAUUCAACUGUGAACUAAGCGCAGCAGUACUUGCUCUGGCUUAGUUCUUCGGUUCUGCUGAACCUGACAUGCAAAUAGUAUGGCAGAGUUAUGAGAUU